GCAGCCUCCAUGUUACAUUGGUAGUUUAUGUCGUUUUUAGCAUAUAAAUACGUGAAAAUGUAAGGCAACUACUUAGUAAUACAAGCACCAAUUAUUUUUACAAUUCAAAUGCAUCUUGUUGUGAUAUUAAGGCAGAUUACAGUCUAGGAACUUAUACUUUGCAUAUUUCGGUCAUCGUGGACACAACAUCCAGGAGAUUGUUAUACUAAAUUGAAACAAGAAUGGGCAAAGUUAAACGUCAAAGGCAGAAGGUACACAAUGCAGCAGUUAAGGUGAAACAGCCGGAGAGUUCAAAGAGCAAGGUUCCAAAGUCUAUUUUGAAGGACCUUCCAGCUGGUCUGACCCACGCUGAUGUACAGAAAUCCAGCCUAUUUGACAGCAUUGACUUGAGUAAAUACAACAUCACAACCAAACUGCCAGAGUUUGACGCCAGAAGUACCCUCUCAUCAAAAUCUCUGAAAGGCCUCAGCUUGAAGAAGAAGGAAAAGCAGAAGUUGAGACAUGAGCUGUGGAUACAGAAGCUUAGUGCAAUAGACGCUGCCAAACAAAAGGAAAAGGAAAAGAAACGUAAGGAACAGACACCAGUUGUUGGGGACAUUGGAGCACUGGCCGAUGCCUUACCCACACUGGACCUGCUGCUCAAAGAAUCUGCAGGGACAAAAUCUGCCAGCAAUGAACCGAAAAAGCCUAAAGGGAUACAGAAAGAAAAGAAACGGAGAAAACAAAUGCUAGCGGACAUCGCUGUGUUCCAGAAGGUCAUUUCCCAUCCAUCUUUCAAAGAAAACCCAACGGCCACCAUAUCUGACCAUUUACAGGAGCGCCACAAGCAGGAAGAAAUGGACACCUAACAUCAUAAAAAUCUAUAUAAACUAUAGCUAUAAGCCCCAUGAAAAUUAAUAAGGACUAUUUGACCUUUGUUUCGGGGAAAACAAUGUUGUGGUAUUGCUGUUGCUAUGGUGCCAUUGUUGACACUGAGUUGUCUUUCAAAACGUUGGCUAGGGAAACCACUCAAGAUAUUUAAAUGAAACUCUUUACACAUGUUUCUAUGGUGUUACCAGGCCUCGAAAAAUUUGUUUUUGGUCACUUACCCUCCUUUGUUUUCUUCAAUUCCCUGAAGAAUUAUCUCCAACAUACAAUCGAUUAAACAGUCUCUGGGUUCGACCAUGUGCAUUUGAUAAAAAUGAGGCCUCAUUUCCGGUUGCGAUUAGACUGUUUACAUUAUUAAUUAUAAUGUUUAUCGCAAUCCUUUCAUUUUGGAAAAUAAAUUGGAUUAAAAAUUAAAUCCGGAGAAUCUAAAUCGCCUGGGCGGACGAGUGUGAUUGAAUUUCUUUUCGCACAACCUCAAUAAUCACUCGCAAAUGCGAGCAAGCAAGUGGAUUUGUAGCGACCUGAAUAACAACUUCUAUAGCAAGUCACAUAAAUCUAUGUUACGCUUAUUGUUAGUGUAGUUGUGUCUUUAAAAAGUAAGGAAAAAACGGACGAACUUUGGCUGUGUUCUCUGUUUGUUUUUCUAGCAUACUUACAUUUUUUUUGUGUUUCACAGACAAGUAGUAGUAAGUGUAUUUUAAUAGCAUUGGCAUUGUGCAAAAUCUUUGAUAUAAGCAAUAACUAAAAUAACUGAGUAUUCAGCUGAACCUUGGUACACAUGUUGCCGGAGACAAUACGCAUUGGUACAGCCAUGUCCAUAACUCUGGCAUCAAUAUUUGUUGAAUUAUGGCCCUUGUUUUAUUGGAAAAAAAACAACAGACAAGUGUUUGCUUUCUCUAUGCAGCACUCUUGUAACAAGUUCUUUCUGUAACUUGUAGCUUGUACAAUGACUGUAUGUGGUCAUAGUUUACACUUUUGUAAACACUUGUUAAGGGGUUCCACCACAAGUUUUUUUGUUGUUCAAAUGCGUGUAUUUGUACAAAGAUGGAGUUGAAUGGGACGUUUUUGCUUGAUAGAUGUACCAAUUUACACAUUAACGUCUAUACUUAAGCCCUUUUCUAUGAAGAGUUAAUAAAUAAUCAAUUCCAUUACUUUGCGGAUUGAAGAUUUAUACUCUGAAUACAAGUCUGUGAAAGUCUAAAUUCCAGGGCAUUAGUGGUUUAUUAUUAGUUAGAGUUGUACACAUAAAAAAUAUGUAUUUUCGCAUGUUGAAUUCUCCUUUUUUCAAUUCUUAAUCUUUCGUAGUCAUGGUUUCACUUCGGAGCUCAUUACAGUAUGCUAAGCUGAUGUUAGUCUGAUAUGUUAUUGUUUUAGAAAACUAGUACUUGCCACCAGUAACUGACCAAUGCUGAUCAAGGUGUUGUUUUGUUGAUUAUGGGAUUUUGUUUUGAUGAUGAUAAACAAUAAAAAUA